GGCGUUGGCCGCUUCACUGUCAUUCUGUCUGACGGACGACGGGACGUCCUUUAAAAUAGGCUUCUAACUGCGGGAAACUUUGAUUUGACUGUUUAAAUACUUGAAAGCGUACUCUACCUCUUGUUUUUAAUCGCACUGCCGCUAAGUUCGCUCUCCGAACCAGUCGAAAUGAUCAAAAACGGACACCACGCCACCGGCAGCGAUCAGCGGGACGAAGCCGGCUACAGUAAGCCGGGUGUCUCAGCGUGCAGUCCGGAGAAGAGGAAGCGGGUUGUCCGGUUGUGGUGUGACGGCUGCUAUGACAUGGUGCAUUAUGGUCACUCCAACCAGCUGCGUCAGGCCAAAGCCAUGGGAGAUUACCUCAUCGCCGGAGUGCACACUGAUGCCGAGAUUUCCAAGCACAAGGGUCCUCCGGUCUUCACUCAGGAAGAGCGCUACAAGAUGGUGCGGGCAAUCAAGUGGGUGGAUGAGAUAGUCGAAGGAGCACCUUAUGUGACCACCCUGGAGACUCUGGACAAAUACAACUGUGACUUCUGUGUGCAUGGAGAUGACAUCACGCUGACAGUAGACGGCAAAGACACGUACGCGGAGGUGAAGCGAGAAGGACGCUACCGGGAAUGUAAGCGGACACAAGGUGUCUCCACCACCGACCUGGUGGGACGUAUGCUUCUCAUGACUAAAGCCCACCACAGUAACCUGGAUAACCCAGAUUACCAGCAGCACACAGACAACUUUGGAAAGGGCCCUAAAGGCCACAGUCCGUGGACAGGAGUGUCUCAGUUCCUGCAGACGUCCCAGAAGAUCAUCCAGUUCGCCUCUGGAAAGGAGCCUCAACCUGGAGACACCAUCAUCUAUGUAGCCGGAGCGUUUGACCUCUUUCACAUUGGCCAUGUUGACUUCUUAGAGAUGGUCUACAAACAGGCGGAGAGGCCCUACGUCAUCGUAGGUCUGCACUUUGACCAGGAAGUGAACCGCUACAAAGGAAAGAACUACCCGAUCAUGAACAUCCAUGAGAGAACUCUGAGUGUCCUGGCCUGUCGGUAUGUGUCCGAGGUGGUGAUUGGUGCUCCCUAUGCAGUGGGCAAGGACCUGCUGGAUCAUUUUAAGGUGGACCUGGUGUGUCAUGGCAAGACGGAGGUGUUUCCAGACAAGGAUGGAUCAGACCCCUACGCUGAACCCAGGAAGAGGGGAAUCUUCAGGACCAUCGACAGUGGAAACAACCUCACCACUGAUGACAUCGUCCAGAGGAUCAUUGAAAACAGGCUGCAGUUUGAGGCCAGGAACCAGAAGAAGGAGGCCAAGGAGAUGGCGGUGAUCGAGGCGAUGAAGAGGAGAGAGCAGCAGGAUCAGAGUGAAGCUGCAGCUGAAGCCGCUCACUAGUGAGACUUUAAACCUGAGUCUGUUUUACUCGUCCCGGAACACUCAGCUUUAAGAGGUUGGACUCAGCAGACUCAGAUGGAGAGUCCAUGUCGUCCUCCACUGAGCCCGGCCAGUCGGUCUCUCUACUCGUCCACUGGGUGCAAAAUCAUCUUCAGUGAGGCAUUAUGCUUCUGUCUGCUUGGACUCCAGACUGAAAAGGUUAAUAGUAGAUCUAACUGAGACAAGAAUACAAGGAGUCCAAAUACUUGCUAAGUUUUAACCUGCAAAAUCCCUUUACUGGUCUCUUCCCCCUCAGAGAAUUCUAUUUACCUCUUGUCAUGUUCUGUUUUUGUCCAUGAAUUCACACACUACUUGUCCAUGUAUAGGUGUAGGUGUGGUAUGUUAAGUUUGUAUCUACCCAUAACUUAUUGACAAAUAUCAUUGUCAGGUAUGUUUUUAGAUUUUUAACCAUAUUAGUGUUAAUCAUCAGUCUUAGAGGUGUACUCACUAAAAUUAAAUGUGGUCUGUUUUUAACCCAUUUUCAUUUAUUUUAAUUUGUUUAAGAUCACUUUGUUUUUGUCCAUCCUAAAAAAAACAAACAUUAUUACUAUGUUAAAUGAUCUGUGAAAUAGUCUAAUAAUUUUAACUGUGGAUUUUAACUACCUGAAUUUGAACCGAGUGUGCGUGUGAAUGUUGAGUGAGGUUGGUGAGUGAGUGUUUGCGCUGUAAAUGACAGUAGUGCCUCAUUCCUAAAGCUAUAACCUGUUUAAGGGCUGUGUACUGUAUAAACUUCUGGUUCUGCUCAGUAAAUAUACUGGAGCUUCUCUGCAGUUGUUGAGUUGAGCUGUUGAGUCCUUCUUUUUUCAAGGAAUGUGUUUUGAGAAAAUGAGAAUGUCUUUUUUUUCCCCCUCCUUUUUCACAAGACAAUCCAAGAAGUGAAAAAUCUGAUGCCCAGUUUCACUGUCAUUGAUGAGUUACUGUUUUUCCUGUCUUUAAAUGAGUCGUAUUGGUCGGUGAAUUAUUGUUGGUGUGUGACAGUGUGUUUGUGGGUCGGGAGCCAGGACGUUGGUAGAGUGAGGAUUCAAGAAGUUUUUAAUAUUAAGACAGUGGAAAAUUUUCACAACCUUUCAAUCACUAUACUGUGUAAUUUUCGCUUUAUUAAAUAAAUAGGUAACAUGG